AUGGCACUCUUAUUGCCUCCUCCACCGACUGCUACUGCAGCAACAGCAGCUGUACUUAUGCCUGUCUGCUGUGAGCUCAUUGGCGCUGCUAAGUCGGCUGUAGAGAUGGGCCGUAUUGCCGAUUGGUCUCUGCUGGACCUGCCCGAAGGGGUCCUCAUCAAUGUGCUGGGGGUGCUAUCAGCCAACGACUUGGCUAAAUUCGAGGCGACCUGUAAGGAGGCUCGGCGGAAGUGUCGGUCGCUGAACAUCUGGCGUGAACUUGGCAGUCGUGUCUUCGGUGGUCAACUACAGAGUGGCGAGUCGUUCCAGGGUGGGCAGCUGGGGAGUACGGGAAAGCGAAUUAAUAUGGACUGGAAGAGUCGGUAUAAGCUCUUCCAUGCUUGUUCGAGGACCUUUAGAGACACCGACCGCUCUGCUAUGACGUUUGUCGAUGAAAAAGAUUAUGUGGCUUAUCUUUCCGCUCGAAUUGAGGUCGAGCAUUUGAAGAGAUGCGGCGGGAGUGGUAUCUACUUAGAAUUCCAUGUUCAGAAGAACGCUGAUAAUUUAAGUCUGGCUUGUGUCGAUUUCGACGCGGGCGGCAAGAGUAGUGUGACUUUCUCACCCGAUACGGGUGCAGUGAUAAAAGAAUCCAAAAUACAGGAGAAUCCGAGGAAGAUUCAAGGCUUCUAUAGGCAGCCUAUGGCGCAAAUACAACAGCUCCAACCGAAAAGCAGCUCAUUAGUGCUCUCGCGCUUCGAAGGGCUCAUGGGGAUGCUACUUGACAAUAAUGGGCUCACAUUCUAUCGUCGACUCGCCGGCCUCCCUUGGGAAUGUACCGGUGUUGUGACGGACCUGUCUUGGGUCCAGGGUGAUUAUGUUACCCCUUGUAUAGCUUUCCGCGAUAAUGGUAUCUAUCAUGUUGUUAUCAGAAGACUUGGUGCCUAUAGUCCACCUAAAGCACCCGAGACAUGCUUGCUAGAGCCCCCUAGGAUGCGUGGGGACGGCUGGCGUCCAUUAGAUUGGGAGCCGUCUGACGACUGGGAGUACCUUUCUGAGGCUUCUGAUGAUGGUGAAGAUGAGGAGGUGUAA